GAGUAGAACAUGUAUACCAUUAGAACAGGUCUGUGACGGGGUUAGUCACUGUCCGCAAGCUGACGACGAACGCCAUUGUGACAUCAUCUGCCCGGACGGCUGCUCCUGUCAGGGCUUGACAUUUCACUGUGUAGACAAUACAGUAAAGAAAUCAUCUUUAUUUCGUGUACUUCCGAGAAUGACACGAGGAUUAGAUGUGAAGAUUCGUCUUUCUGACUGGACUGGACACCUUCCACUUACGUUCCCUGCUAUUUUCUCACUUUCCAUGCAACACUGUCAAAUUAAUUCACUUUUCUUUGGCAACGAUUCUGUUUUAUCUGGUGUAGAAUCGCUAAUUACCCUUGACCUUAGUUAUAACGAUAUACACACUAUACCGGCAGACACAUUCGCAAUACUUUCGAAUUUAGAAUAUCUCAUUUUGAAUCAUAACCCUAUUGUCAAUAUGAAUGUCAGGGCGUUUUCAGGUUUACAUUUACUGAAAGAGUUAAGUCUUAUUGGUUCGCAACUCCACCAUCUCUCUUCGAACACAUUUCAUGAAUGUGGUGCUCUGACUUAUUUGAAUAUCAGCUCAAACCAAAUAGAAAAUAUAGGCCAUGGUACAUUUAACAAUCUAGCUUAUGUCAAGACACUUGAUCUACGUAACAAUAAUAUACGGCUAAAGGAACACAUGUUCAAGGGUCUGUCAAGCCUCAGAGUUCUGUAUGUCGACUCCUACACUCUUUGUUGUGCUAAACCUGCCUCAGUUACGGAUCCGAACUGUUUCUCUCCGCGUGACAGUAUCUCUUCCUGUACAGAUCUGAUCCGCUUGUCUGUUUUACGAGUUGCUCUUUGGAUCAUUGGGCUAUGUGCAGUCCUUGGCAAUUUGUUCGUUUUAGUUUAUCGCUUUAAUUACGACCGGGCUAAUCUGAAGAAAAGUUACUCCAUUUUUGUCAUGAAUUUGGGCUUGUCGGAUAUCCUGAUGGGAAUUUAUAUGAUAAUAAUUGGCAUUGCUGAUGCAGUUUACAGAGAUCGCUAUGUAUGGGAGGAGAAUGCUUGGCGACGCAGUACUACGUGCACAGUUAGUGGGAUUUUGUCCACAAUAUCAAGUGAGGCAUCCGCUUUUACUAUCCUUUUUAUAACUAUUGAUAGAACUGUGGCUAUUGCUUUUCCAUUUUCAUUACGACAAUUUACAAUGAAAUCUGCUCUUAUUACAUCCGUCAUCCUAUGGAUUAUUUCCAUAGUGAUAGCCGUACUUCCGGUGUUUACUUUCACAGAUUACUUCCGGGGAGAGUUUUAUAGCUCUUCCGGUGUGUGUAUUGCACUUCCGUUGUCAGAUUACACAACACCUGGUUCGGAAUAUUCAGUAGCUAUAUAUGUGGGUCUGAACUUUGUCAUCUUCAUUAUGAUCGCAGUUUGCCAGUUUGUGAUAUACCGAAAGAGCCGAACCAACUUGACACUCAGAAAGACGACAAGUAAACAAAAUAAGGACAUCACUGUAGCAAAAGGACUCGCCGCUGUUGUCGCUACAGAUUUUUUCUGCUGGUUUCCUAUUUGUGUCUUGGGUAUAUGGACGUCACUAGGAGGUAGAUUAUCGGGGGAUACGUACGCCUGGGUCAUGGUUCUGGUACUGCCGAUCAACUCUGCGCUUAAUCCGUUUCUCUACACAUUUCCUAACACGUGGAGAAACAGAAAGACCCACCAUCGCCGACAUUCCAAGUAUGGGCGCGAGAAAUCAGAAGCUGAGAUGACCAAUGUGGUUUUGGAAGUGUUGAACACAUUCCGCCACAAAAGGGGAAGCAAGUCUCUUACGGAAUAUCUGUGUGACUCCGAAACAGAUUUACAAGUGAAAAAUGCCUUCAAUAUCGUCCAUCACUUGUCCGCAAGUUUGGUCUACCUUCACAAACAAGAACUCGUCCAUGGAAAUAUUUCUGCUGAAUCAAUAGAGAUAUCUUUGGAGAAUGGCAGAGUGACAGAUGCGGUAUUCCCAAUGGAUCAUCACCAAGUGCCCCAUGACUUUGGACAAUUAAACGAUAUCUACGAUCUUGGUAUGGUAGUGAAGAUAAUGCUGAAGAAAAUAAAACUUCCAUAA